AUGAUGUUGAUGCAUACAAUAAUAGUCCUGCUUGGGAUGUGGACUUUGGCACAUGCAGAUCUUAGUAACCUAGCAAAGAACAGAGGCAUAAAGGCGCCUAGUGGAAGGGAAGCUGAUGUACCUGACAACUUCGUUGGGUGCUUAGCAAGAGAAGGCCGUUACCAAGUAGCAGGAGUCCCUGGUAAACCAGAUGAAAUUAAUGAAUGUAUAUACUAUAAAUGUGUGGGUAAUGAAUGGAAACCACAAGUAUGUCCGGACAAGUUGGGCAUAUUAGAGAGCCAGUUUGAUAAAGCUGGCAGAACAAAUAGCUUUCCAUGUACGAAGCCAAAAAAUGGAUGUUUAUCAACUCUAUCAGAAAGAGGAGUAGCCGAAACUGCAACAACUGUCUGUGGAGUCGACUUGGUCACUGUAAUAGAUGUUUCCUGUAGUAUUGCUAGUGAAGACAAAGCAAAAAUUAAAACUUUCUUAAAGAAAUUUGUUUCCAACUUUCCGAUUGGACCAGCAUUCACCCAAAUUGCAGGCUCUGUAUAUGGCAGUAUUGUCAAAGACUUUCUCUACUUCAACACCUACAAUAGUGCGAGGAUGGUACGAAAGGCAAUUGAUGAAAUGCCACUUGAUGCUAAACCAUGUGCUACCCACACAUUUGAAGCUCUUCGUCAGGCAAGAGAGGUUCAUUUGACUGAAGAAAAGGGAAGACGUGAUAAAGGCGCAGAUAAGCGUGAUUGUUGUGUAAUGUUGAUGACUGAUGGAUACACACAUCCCCAAAACAAGAAACAUGAGACUAUUCGAGAAGCAGCUAACAUACGCAAAAUAUGUGCUUUAAUUCUGGUUACUUUGCCAAAUAGUCCAGAGGAAGAAAAGAAAAUGCCUGAGCAACAAAGAAAGAAAUUGCGUGAAGAGGAAUUUGCAAAGAUACAACCUGAUGGAGACAUGAGGCUUGACCUUCAGUCAUUUGAUGAACUGGAAGAAAACAUCAACAACAUUGCAAGAAAGACGUGUCAGCCUGUUAAUCGAAUUGAAAAGAAUACGGUCUAACCUCAACCUUUCUUGCAAUUAACUGUAUUUUCAAGUCAAGUUCCCUCUUUGAAUAGCAAUAAACACAAGUGCAUUAA